AUGAGCAAUUCUCCUGACAUGUUCCACAACGUGCGUGUCUCGCAGGCGUCUUACAAGGCAUCGCAGAUUAACGUUCAACUCUCCGAGUACGCAGCACACAAGUUGCUGGUGGACGAGUACAAAGAAGAUAUGUACAUGCAUCUUUUGGCACUGGAACAUAAGACCAGACCAAACCUUUACUUGAUCCAACAGCAGCCUGAGAUCAACUUGCGCAUGAGACCACUCUUGCUUGAUUUCUUGAUGGACGUGAUCCACAAGUUGAACUUAUCUAAGUCCACCUUCCCAUUGACUGUUAACAUCAUUGACAGAUACUGCUCGGUCCGCAUUGUCAAGAAACAGCACUAUCAACUCUUAGGACUCACUGCCCUUUGGAUAGCAUGCAAGAACUUGGACUCUAAGUUCCGCAUCCCAACCUUGAACGACUUGUGUAAGUACUGUUGCCAUUGUUACGACAAGAAGUUGUUCUUGGAGAUGGAGAACCAUGUGCUUAAGUCUUUGGGGUGGCAGGUAGAUGCUCCCACUUUUGACGCUUUCAUCGACAUGUACAUCCACACCUUGGCCCAGUCGCCGUUUUUAGCCGGUUCUAGAAAUCCCCACAAGGUGUGUAACGACGUCAAGGUGGUUGCCAUCUACAUUUGCGAGUUGAUCCAGUUCUACCCAAACAUCUACUUCAAUUACACCUCGCCCAAAAUUGCGUUGUUGAGUGUAUCUUUUGCUUGCAUGAUUCGUGAAGUUGGCGACCGAGCCUUUGAUGUGGCAGCUUUCCUCUCGCUUGUGGCCUCCACAUCUGCCGAAGUUAUUCUCUCUCAAUCCGAGUUUGAUCAGGCUUUUGCAUUGCUCAUCAAGGUGUUGAAGUGUCCUCCACCUUCGCUCAAAACAAAGUACUUCAAUGAUGGCUCGCGUUAUCUUCGUCUCAUGAAGCUACUCAUCUCCUUCACCAAGUUGCAUCUGGCUCCCAGCCUGGGCUUGUCGUCACCAGUGGCUUCGCAAACCACUGCAUCUUCGGCCGCUGCCUCUUUUCACCUGACGCCUACUCACCUGGCUGUGCUGGGUGGUGUGGUUGCUAGAACUCCGCUUCAGUCGGUCGGGUCCACCACUCCCAAAUACCCAGCUACACCCACGCUGCUGACCAUCAGCCCUAAAAUCGCCAACUCUGGCAAUUACGACCACAAGCGGCCAGCAUUGACAAAGUCCGUGUCUACGAGCAACUAUGCUUCAUACAAGAGUGACGAGUCCCGCAAGACAUUACCUCUGCCCAACCUUCUGCCUGGAAAGGACCAGGGUUUUUUUGGCACCAAGAGAUCGUCGCCAUCGGAGAGUGCACCUCUGGUGAAGCGGUCCAAGAGUAUCACGAAAGCCGUGUUCUACAUCCUGUAA